GUGAAAUACAUUCAUGAAAUUUUAAGAUGGCCGACAAAAUUAAGUUAGCUGCAUUUUACAAAUAAUACUUACAGGUUAGUGUUAGUCACGAAGGACACAUUUGUUGAGUAUGCCUGUUUUUUGCACUAAGUUAUGUUUCUGAAAACAGAUCGAUACGGAAAGCACUAUAAUUUUUUUUUAAGGCACGUUUUUUUACCACGGACAAGUGAACGUCAAUUCUCGCUCUGACACCGAAGCCGAAAUUUGGCGAAAGAAAAGUGAAGAUUAUGUUUCAGUUAUAUCGUUAUUGCCAUUUCAAUGUUGAAUGUAUACUCUUCUUUAGCUCUACAUUAAACUUUAAAAAUAAGUUUCUCAACUAACUAAUACUGAAUCAUACAGCGCUUUUUUUUCUUUAUUUGAUUUCUAACUUCGAAACAAGGGAGACUACUACUUUUUGUGUAUGGAAAUAGAAAUCGGCGCCGAAAAAUCCGAGUUUUUUAUUUUCCGAUGUGUGUGUCUAUUUAUUAUUAAAUUUAAAUUAGUACUUUCGAUAUUUGAGUUCCGUUUUCGGCCUUAUAAUUAGGUAGACAUCUUGGCCUACAUUUUAAUCAAUUUCUUUUUCAUUUACAGUCAGCUUUGAGAAAAUCCUUGGUAAAUAUAAGGCAACUUUCAUCAUUAAAAUUAAGUCGAAGUAAAAGAUUUGUCACUACCAAAUUUUUUUUGCAUCUGGGGAAUGUAUUGAUCUACAUGUAUGCUAAUUUUCACAGCGAUAAGUGUCUUACGGUAGACGCCAUGUUUCUACGCCAUCGCACCAGGUCAUGCAGUUCGCUCAACCUAAUUUCGCCCUGGUGUGGGUCACGCCCCCUUUUUAAUGGCGGAAGUUGCAGAUACUUAGGAAAUAUUAAUUUAUUACCACUAUUUACAUCAAAAUAUUCGAUAACUUGUGUUUCAGAAUGCAUUUUGAAGACAUUUAAACUGGAAUGUUUAAGCCGGUACAGUCCAUAUUAUAAAUGAUCAGAAUUUACGGUGUGCAACACGUCAUUGGCAACCAUUCACAGCCACUUGCAUAGUGGCUGUAUCUAGAGGCCGACCGAAAGUGAUUUUUUUAUUUCGGCCGAAGCCGAAAAUAGGCCGAAAGAUUAAAAUGACUUUCGGCCGAAACCGAAAAAAUGCCGAAAGUUUAAAAAUGACUUUCGGCCGAAACCGAAAAAAGGCCGAAAGUUAAAUAUGAAUUUCGUCCGAAACCGAAACCGAAAAUGAAAUAUUAAGAUAUUUUGAAAUUCGUUCCCGCAUACAUUCCGCAUACAUCGAAAAUGAUGUGGGAAAGUAUAAAUAUUUACAUUCUUUUUAUAAAAAAUGAGAUAAUCGUGAAUAUUAAUACAUAAACUUCUAUUAUAGGGGUCUCAAACUCGCGGCCCGCAAACUCAUUUGUGACCCGCAAGACGAUAUUUUGCGGCCCGCUACAUGACAGAAAAGUUUAGUGUUAAUGCGCCGGCCCGUUUCCCCCAUUCUCAUAUCUAUAACGCGACUCUCCGCGACGGUUUCAGUCGAAUCUCACCGACUAGUCUAAUUCUGAUUUUUUUUAAAAAUGUUUCUAUAUAUUUUUGUAUACAACAGUGAGUAGGUGGAUGAAAGUGAAUCCUAGUUCUUGAGAACCCUUAGUGAUUUUAUUGUUAUUUAUAAAGGUUGAGCAAUUGUAACAGUUGUAAUCGCUUUUUUGUGGAUUACUUGAUGCGGCCCACUCUCAUUCAGACACUAACUCCUGCGGCCCCCCUGAUGAUUUGAGUUUGAGACCCUUGAUCUAAUGAAUACUUUGGAUUUUACCAUUUUAAUAUAAAAGUAAUUUAAAUUGCUUUACAAUUUUUUUAAUUAGUAUGGUAAGAGAAAAUUUGGCCACAAAAAUGGGGGGGGGGCAAAUUAAUGAAAAAUAUUAUUUUUUUAAACCGGGUCUCUAAAAAUUGUUGUUCUGAUAUGGUUCUAAAAGAUCGCUUAAUUGGUUCUGAAAGGUCGCUUUAUUUGUUUUUAAAGAUGGUUUAGUUUUUUGUUAAAGAUCGUUAGUUGCUUGCUAUUGAUCGGUUAGUUUGUUCUUAAAGAUCGUGAGUUUGUUCUUAAAGAUCGCUUAGUUUUUUGUUAAAGUUCGUCCAGUUUUUGUUAAUGAUCGCUUUAUUUUACUUAAAGAUUGGUUAGUUUGUUCAUAAAGAUCGCCUAGUUUAUUGUUAAAGAUCCUUUAGUUUUUUCUUAAAGAUCGCUUAGUUUGUUGUUAAAGAUCGUCCAGUUUUUGUUAAUGAUCGCUUUAUUUGUUCUUAAAGAUCGUUUAGUUAGUUCAUAAAAAUUGCUUAGUUUGUUGUUAAAGAUCGAUUAGUUUGUUGUUAAAGAUCGCUUAGUUUGUUCAUAAAGAUCCCAUAGUUUGUUGUUAAAGAUAAUUGAUUUUUUCCUUAAGAUCAAUUAGUUUGUUCUUAAAGAUCUUUUAGUUUGUUCCUAAAGAGCAUUUAGUUUUCUGUUAAAGAUCGCUUAGUUAAUUCUUAUAAAUCAUUUAGUUUACUAUUAAAGAUCAUUUGUUUUGUUCUUAAAGAUAAUUUAGUUCGGUCUUAAAAAUCGUUUAUUUUGUUCUUUAAGGUCGUUUAGUUUGUUAUUAAAGAUCGCUUAAAUGUUCUUAAAGAUCGCUUAGUUUGUUUUAAAGAUCGUUUAGUUUGUUCUUAAAUGUCGCUUAGUUUGUUGUUAAAUAUCGCUUUCACUGAGUAUUAGAUGACCAAAAACCUGAGUCACUUUCGGCCGGAUGGCCGAAAGUCUAAGUCAAUUUCGGCCGAAACCGAAGAAAAACCGAAAGUUGACUUUUCUCUUUCGGCCGAAACUGAAAUUAAGCCGAAAGUUGACUUUUCAGUUUUGGCCGAAACCGAAACUUGGCCGAAAGUGAGAAAUGGCCACUUUCGGCGCCGAAGCCGAAAUUCGGUCGGCCUCUAGCUGUACCUCAGAGUUUCAUUCAUAAGAGUUUGCCGUGUGCAAAAACUACUAUACCAUUGGUCAGGGAAAGCUUUAAUUAAUUAUUCAUGUGCCAAAGUUGAAAGUUUAAACUAAGUCGACCCUAAACAGUAUUUUAGUGAUAAGGCGAUGGGUUGCCUUAUAUAAAGUAUAUAGUCAUUGCGCAUGACGCGAUAUAUGAUCUUUAUAGAAUUUAAUAUGAAAGACAUGAUCUUUAAAUUUAUUCAAAAAUUUUUGAGGGAAAGAUGCCAAAUAUAUACCUAUCAAUUUCUAAAACUAAGGUCGAUCAAAAAAGGCAAAACAGUACGUUGGAAUGUAGGUCAUAAUGUCUCCUAAUGUGGACAUGUGGAAGGAUACCCCAAUUGUAUGACAAUAUUAAUAAUUUUAUUAAUGGAAAAUCACCAACGUUAAAAAAUUGAAAACUUGUAUUUUUCUGCACUGAAGCCCAUUUCCCAUACAAAUUUUGAAGUAGUAUCCUUUGCUUUACAGAAGUGUCAACACGUACAAUUUAAAUAUUGUCUGUUUGCCAUACAAAUAAAAGUAUCUACUUCGAUUUAAAAAAAAAAUGAAUAAAAUACACUUUAAUAAUAAUUAUACAUUAUACACAAACGUUUUUGGCACAUGCCUUCAUCAGUACAAACAAAAAAACAUUUAAAUAAGUAUAAAUUAAAUUUACAUAAUAUAAAUAUGCAUAUCCUACCUAAAAAAUAAAAUAGGAGAGGGCGCUAAAACCAGACAAAAACAAAGCAAAAAGGAGUGAAAAGGAAGUGAUUUGAACAUAAUUGUAAAAACCAAACAGGAAAAAAGCCAUGGCAGCUAGGUAAAAUUGUGGAUUUGGUAUAUUCCAUAUGGAGACAAUGUGCCAAAUUUUGUUAUUAAUUUAUACUCCAUAUAGAUUCCCUCUGGCAAUAUUCAGAAUAAAAGAUGGCUUUACCUGCACAAGUCGCAACGUGAUUUACACCAUCAUUUACAAAAAGUGCGGUAAAUUUACAUAGGAGAGACAGGUCGUCGCCUUGGAGACCGGUUCAGAGAACACCUCUAUGACAUAAAUAAACAAGCUCUCUGUCCGGUCUUCAAACAUUUCAAUAGCCCUAACCAUGAUGGUAUCUUAGACAUCGCCGUUACUGGUAUACUCUAUACUAGUAACACUACAGAUAGAAUCUAUAUGGAGAAUAAAUUAAUAACAAAACAUUCACUUGUGUAUAAUGUAUAAUUAUUAUUAAAGCGUAACUUAUAUUGUUAUAUUGACACAAUUUGUUUGUGUCUUAUUAAUCGAUUAUAUUUUUGCAAGCUUAUCAGAAGGCUUAAACUUAAAUGUAAAUUAGUAACAUAAUAUCACAUAGUGCUGAUAUAAAAAAUGAUUUAACCAUGUGAUGUAGUAUAGAUGUCUAGCUUUGCUUGUUAAAUUACUACAAAUUGGAACACAAUUUUCUUAUGAUUUGGUUAAUUUGUUCUGAUACUUAUAUUGGAUACUUGAGCAAAUAUUUUGCUAACAGAAUUGUAUUAAAAAAAUAAUCCCUAAAAUUAAUUGGUGUAUCAAAAAAUGUUAUCAUUAUUUUUAUAAAGGAACAUUGUUUAGAUUUAAUGAAAUUUUUGUUUUAAAUUAGAGCGUCAUAACUAUCAUAUCUGAUUUCAUUUUAUUACAGGGUGUUUAAGGACAUGAAAAGUGAAUAAUAUUAGUAAUGAAUAGACAACCAUUAAGAUUAAAUUCGUCAAUUAUCUAAAACAAUAAAAUGAAUCAGUAUCCAGCUGGCCUUGUGCCUAUGAUGAUGCCCCAGCAAUACAUGGUUAUGCCUGGUGCUAUGCAGCUUCCACCUGGAAUUUCUGGACAUCACCCACAUGGGGCACUGCAACCAGCUGUGCUGCAUCAUCAACAAAUGGCAGCUCAAGCUGCUGCUGCAUCACACGCUGCUGGAGCGCCUGUUAUGACAUCUCCAGUUGUCACAUCUGCUGCAGCAUUUGGGGCAUUAGGGAUGGGUCACCAGGGAAUGGUCAGUAUUUCUGGACUUCCUCCACAUAUGACUGGAGUUGGAGGUCCAGUUGUUUCUGCUAUGGGAGGGGGAAUGUCUGCUCUACAUCAAGCCAUGCCAGGUGGUUUAGCUUCACCCUAUGGAGCCCUUACACAGCUGACUGCCACCUCACCUUUGCCAUCUGGAUUGUUCACUCAACAUCAACAGCAUCAUCACCAAAUGCAACAAGCUCAGUCUCAACAUCAGUCACAACAGCUUCACCAAUUUCAACUCCAACAAGCUUCACCAUCACCUCAACAACUGGUAACUGGGACUGUCAGUGAAUUCAGAAAGAAAGAGGAAGAGAAAGGGUACAUUCUCAUUUUUCAAAUAUUCACUACUAUUUUUUAUUGCCAAAAUAUUAUUAUUUUGGUUAUUUUAAGAAACUUUGUUAUUCUUAUUACUAUUUAUGAAAGUAAAAUAAUUUAUUUAAUGAUUGCAAGUAGGUGUUAAAUUGAUUUUUGUGAUACUUAGUUGAUUUCUUUUGCAGCAGACAGGGUCAGACAGGUAAUCGUUGGCAAGCAGAUCCUGAAUUAGAUCUUGAUGAAUUGAAUUUGGAUGAAUCGCUGGUUGUGUUGGAUCACUUUAAUUCAGACCUUAAUCUAGUUAUAGACCAAGAUGGGUAAGUUGUGAUAAUUGCUAGUUAAAAUACACAUUAUUUAAAACAGCCAUUAGACUAUGUAUUCAGAAUCUCUUCAUUUUAAAUAUUAUUUUAUUUUUAGAUAUGGUGGAACUGUGCUAAACAAUCCCUCUGGAUUUUGUUUCACAUGGGCUGGUGCUAGGGCUACUUAUGGAGUCUGUCGAGGGAAGGUAAGGAACUUGUAAUAAUUACUUUUAUAUUAUAGUUGUACACAUGCUUUAAAAAAAAUAUUCAAAAUUCUUUCUUAACUUGUUCUUUAUUUUUUUAAUUUCUUACUUGCAAGGAAAUUCUUUGUCAACUGGGAUCUUCUCUGUGUGUACCGUUAAAUUAGCUUCAUUAAACAAUUAAUACUGCUGACAGAUAUUUAUAUAAUGUAUAUCUAUAAACUAAUAAUCCCAUACCUUUAUUUUCAUAUCAAUUAAGAUAGAAAUGAAAUUUAAAUCAAAACAUCAAACAAAUAACCCAUAAUGUGAAGCAUACAAUCAUAAUGUGAAGUAUACUUCAAUCGCAGUCUUGGAGAGUGGUUAUCAACAUGUCCUAAUACUUAUGCAUCCGACUCUAAAGAAAUUUAUAAAAUAAUGCAACCCACUUCCACAACCCAUAAUUCUGUUUCUUUGGACAUUUUGGUUUUAUAUUACUUGUUAUUACAAUUAAUAACUUUUAGUAGACAGAACAAAGUAAACAAAAUAAUUUUGACAUGCUGAUAAAUCAAUACCCAGAAGUUAAGUGUUAAAUUUUGGCUCAUUAUAAAAAAUUUUUUAUUGUCAACAGAGCUUAUAGUCAUAGCCUUGAUUUUUGUAGCAAAGGGGAAAAAAGAAAAAAAAAUGACAAGAGACUUGAAAUAACAUUUUACAUAUUAUUUUUUCAUCAUUCAUUGAUGGUCACUAACCACUGCAAAAAGAUGUAUCUCUUUACCACUAUCAUUCAUCAAAUAAAUGAUUUAAACACACUUCCAUUACUCAAAUUUUUUGCAGACAAUAUUAAGUUUUGCGUUUACUUAUAAAUGCAACAAAGUAAGGAUGAAAAAUACAAAAUAAUGUCUCUAAGUGGAAUCAUCAGCAGUCAGUUCACACAAGGUUGUUUCAAAUGCUGUUUUUUUUAGUUCAUUAAAAGUUCAGAAAUCAGGUUAAGGAGUAUAUCUUUAAAAACAAAUUAUUCUAAGUAAACGGCUGGACUUAAAUAAACAGUAAGUGUAUAGCAUUCUGGUAUAUAUAAAUUGUUAUAUAAACAGGUUUUUUAUGAAGUCCACAUUACUGAGCAUCUACCAACAGACUUUGGCGAUGACCAUGAUGAAACUGACCCUCACAUAAUUCGUGUAGGGUGGUCCAUUGAUAGCUCAUCUUUCCAGCUGGGUAAGAUUAUUUGAUAAAUUUUAAAAAAUUAACCCAGUAAGUUAUAUUUUCAGAAAUGUAUUACAAAAUUUCACAUUUUCAUUCUGAAUAUUUUGUUACUUUGUAAUAACUUGAACAGACAACCAUCUUAUGAUUCUUAUCAAUAGAAAUAUGCCUUUUCAGGUGAAGAACCUUGGUCUUUUGGUUACGGUGGAACUGGCAAGUUUUCAACCAACAAUAGGUUCACUGAUUAUGCUGUUCGUUUUGGGGAGGGUGAUGUCAUUGGUGCCAUGCUAGACUUGGACUCAAGGCCAGCAAGCAUCUCAUUCAUGAAAAAUGGCACUUGGUAUGGCAUUGCUGCUCCAUUACAUGGGUUUCCAGUUGGCAGCAAGGAAAUGGCACUGUUUCCACAUAUUCUUUCUAAAAACUGCAGGUAAGUUUCACAAAAUGAAUCAACAUGUUGUAGCUGCAAUCUUUUUUAAUGCUACUUUAAAAUGACUGUGAAUUCAUUGCCCUUUUUGACUUAAUCAUGUUUUUUUUAAUGUGGCUAUCAAGGCAGACCUCUUCUUCUCAUACAGUUGUUAUGAAAAAGUGUUGGACGCACAUUUUUAUCUUUUGAUUAUUAAAAGCUAAACCUUAAAAUAUCCCUUGAAUGUACAGCAGAAAGUAGAUAAAACAUUAUUAAGAUUUUGUUAAAUAUCCGUGAAUCAAACUAUAUAAAUAAUGAAAUGAUUUUUCUCUUAUUUUAAUUUUGUUAAAUCCCCAAACCAAACAUGAAACUUUUUUAUGGUUAUUAUGACUGAAAAAGCUUCACUGCAAUGUUAAAAAACCUUUACAAUCUAUCAAGCAUUUAUCCAUUAAAAGAUUUUGCUAUACUAAUUUAAUACCUUUUCAUAAUAAUUUUAACUUUUUAUGGGUGGUAAUAAAAAUUUUAUCGUUAAAGAAUUGGCAUUAUUAUCAAUAAGUUAAUCAAUGGUGGUAAGAUCCAAUUGUUUAAAUGCCUGGUAUAGGUAAUAUUGUCUUUAUUGUUGUAGUUUGGGUUUAAAAUAUUACAUCUACAGAACAGAUUUCUUUGAUGUGUUGUGUUAUUCAUUGAAAUGUAAUGGAGUUGGAAAAUCUUUUUUAAACUAUUACUCUUGAAAAAUACAAAUGUAAGAAAUACAACACAGUAUUGAAAUGUCUUGUUCACUUAUUGAAUUAGCAAAAUUCACUUUUUUAAAUUAAAAAAGGAAAAUAAAUAGUAAGUUUUCCAAUGCAAAUAUAUAUUAUAUAAUAUAAUUUUAAAUAUUGAGAAUCGGGAAUCAAAUUUAAAUUUAAAAAAAAAUUACUUUGGAUCCUUAUAUUUCUGCAAAAGUCUCCUGGGAAUUAUCUUUUACCAUCUUUUGCUCACAUGCGUAAUUUCAGUUUCUCUAUCUUUUAUGGAUCUUGCUGAUCUCUUGGGCCUUUAAUCACAUUCACAAUUUUAUGGUUGGAAUAACUAAUACAUUGUUAUAUUUAUCCAUUACGUUUUACAUUUACCAUAUAUUUUACAUAUGGUUAAAAAUUCUCCAUGAAAUAUUUUUCAUCAGUCAGAAAUCUUUAAAUUUUCAGAAUUUUUCUUUUAUAUAAUUUGAAUUGUACCUUGUUGUUGGCAUAUGUAUAAUGAUAUUACUAAAACUGAUAUAAUUAUUUAACUGUAUUUUGGAAGAAAUAAAUUUUGUUGCAGCAUUGACAUAGAAAUAACUCCUUCCUUUCCAAGCCCAAGACAUUUUACUAACAAUCUUUUGGUAUGUUUAUAUAUGUUGACUUGAACCAAUUAAAAUCAUUUCACUGUAAGCAAAAAUUUAUUACAAGAAAUAUCUUUACACAGUUAUUUGCUUUGAUGUUUAUAUUGAUCCCAAUGGAAAAAAGCAACUGCUCUCACAAUUUUAAAGAGAUAAUUUAGUUAUCUUAUUCAUUUCUAGGAUUUUUAAUUCCAACAUGUAUGACACUUCCAAACACAAUACCAAGUCACACUGAGUAUAUCUUAACUUUUUUCUCAAAUAGAUAGUUGUUUUAUUUGAAAGAUAAAAAAAAUUUAGACCUAAGUGACUUUAUGUUUAUGUUAACUGUUUAUUAUGUCCAAAAGCAUAUAAUUUAUAAUAAUAAUAAUAAGUGGUCUUAUAUAUAUAUACUUCAUUCUUUAAGUUGUGACAAGUAAAUAAUAUAUUUCUUCAUAGUGUUACAUGAGUAUUGAUAGCUGAAAUAGCUUUAAAGAUUAGCUUGUUGUUUCCCAUUUUUCAUCACCAUGAAAUACUUACAAUUUAGUAAUUUUUUAAAAAUCUUGGGUUAAUUCAUUACAAGUUCAGACCAAACCAGAACCAGCACAAUUUAAUGGCCUGAAGUGUUAUUCUGUAUGAUGAGUUGUUUUUGUUUUAAAAUGUUUAUGCAGUAACUUUCACAUUUUUUAAAAGCCAAGAACAGCCAUGCAAUUGCAAUCUUAACUGCAAAAUGGUAAAAUAAUUUAAAUAAAUGGUAAAAAUAAAUUUUGGCAGGAGGUAUUAUCCUUUUCAAUAGUUAUCAACAGCCUACUUGAAGACUUUGCCUGCUCUCUUUUAUUGAAUACUUAUUUAGAAAUAUUUUCAAAUCAUUUCUUGGUGCUUCAGUGAAACAUACUUUAUUAUAGUUUACAAAUGUAUAUGCAUUAAAAAGCUGAACAUAUUAUUUGUCUAUGAUCUACCUUCCAUAUAAAAUACAUCCAAAAUUGAUUGUAUUCCUGUCAUUGUGUUGUUUGAUUAACAAUUUAGCCAUUCUGUAUUAUGUAUAAUGAUUUCUUCUCUAUGACUUUAAUGUGACCAUCUUGUCAUGUACUUCAGACACUUUAAAACAUUCAAUAAAUUGAUACACACGCUAUAAUAUUACAAAAGCUACAGCUAAAAGUUUUCCUAAAUAAAAUAUAAAGGCAGUAAGCAUGAUUUGAAUAUUUUUUCAUGCAUGUUUCCCUUGGGUGUUCAUCAUGGUCAAGGAAAUCACUCACCUUUAUUUUACACAUAGUACAUUUAUAAUAGACUUAGAGAACUCCAUCUGCGCAUAUUUUCACUCACAUUAACCAUUUCAUAAUUUUUUUCUUGGCCAGAUAUACAUGUUAUUAAUUCUGUUUCCCCUUUUUGUAUUAGUAUUAUGCGCUUCAUAUUUGCAUAAUUUUAAUAUUUAACUCUGUAAACUUUGUUGUUUUAUAAUUUAUUUUCAGGCUUUAAUGUGAUACUGCUACUUCCCGAAAGACAAUAAAGGCAGAAAUCUUAAUCUUAUAUGUAUGGAAAAAUAUAAUUUAAAAAAAAAUGUAAUUAACAAUACUAAUAGUUAACAGAAAAUCUGCUCUACCUUAUACUUUGCUUGCCUGCCUCAACACUUGAUUUAGAUCCCUUUUGUAAAUUACCUGCAGAUCUACAGCUUUAUUGAUUUCUUAGAAACUCCAGACCAUUUAGGAGACAGAAAUGAUAAUUUUAGAGCCUAAUCCUUUUAGCUAUAAAGCUUGAAUAAAAAAAAAUAAUGUGAUUACCCUUUCAAUUUCAAUCUUUUUAUAGUCAUCAGCAGAUGGUGACAUAAGCAUUUCUGCCUAACUCUUCUACUUCAAUACAGGAAGUUUAAAAAAACAACAACUAAUAAAGGCAAUUUCCUUUACUUAAGAAGGCUGUUUGACUCUUAUUAAGUUAUGUGAAUCAGGUCAUAGUAUAGUCAAAUACUUUCUUUCUCAACCACUCACAGUUUUAUAAGUUACUUUUAAAACUUCAAAAAACUAAUUUAGUUCCUAUAAGCCUUACAGUUUCUUGUAAUUACAUUUUUCCACUAUCUUUGGUACUAUCUUUUUAGUCAUGUUUGGCAGCAUCUCAUCACUAUAUCAGCAUCGUCUAGUCCCCCCCUCGGGCAAUUCUAGCAGUAUCACAAAAAAUUGCAUAAUGUGGCCUGUGCUUCUUUCAUCUAAUCAUCUUUAGAUUCAAGGUGAACUACGGGCAGAUGGAAGCCUGGUUUCCGCCCCCUAUGGGCUUCAGAUACAUUGGACAUCUACAGUUGCUGGAGAGAGUUCGGGGCAUGACCCCGCCUGCCAGAAAAUCAGAUUGUGAGGUAAAGUUUAAAGCACCAAAUAUAAUGAGACGCAGAUAAAGUCAUUGAUAUAUCGGUGCUCUUUAAAUAAAGUGAGUUUGUAAUGGCUUAGAACUCAAGCAUCUUGUUUUAGUCCUGCUUUUGAAAAAGAAGUUAAGAAUCUAUGGACUAAUAUACUACAAAAUGGAAAAAUUGUUAAUACUAAUGCUAUACUGAAACUAACUUAAAAGGGAAGACAAAAAUCUUUUUGUAUGUAGUAUUAGCAGCACUUUCUGGGAAAUCUAAACAAAAACAGAAAAUUUGUUCAUUGGAUGAUAACUACAUAAUAUUAAUAUACAUAUACAAAAUCUUAUGCAAGGUUUGCACCACCAAUUCUGCAAUAUGGAAUACUGUUUUUCUACUACUUAUCUUUUUUAGUUGAAUUAUGUUCAUUACUUUUAAAAUAAAAACAUCUAAAUAUAAAUGUUGAACAUCAGGACAGAUUAAAGAAAACUUGAUGACAGCUUAUACUUUCUGUUCUAAGAAAUUAUAACCUUAAAUUUCUUUAUAAUUAUUCUUUAUCUCUCUCUGAGUACUUGAUAAAAUUAAAGUUGUAACACUUAUCAUGGUUGAUGCCUGCUUUUAUUUGCUUCAAUCUCACUUGCUUAAAGGAUGCUAGUAACCAGUAACAAAAAAACAACAGCCAUAUUUAUUGGUAAAAUUUUGACCCAAUUAGGCUGUCCCCAAUAUUGGUCUUCCCUUUUCUUUAAUUUUUUUUUUUUUAACACUUUCUUCUGUCUGAUUUCUGUUCUAGAUUUCAUAUUUUGAUGUCUCAGCUCAUUUUUCCAACUCGUUAUCAUUUGUUAGUUGUUGUAUUGUUUUUUUAUGUUGACAUUAUAUACAGGAAACUCUGGGAUAUAUGCGAGUUCUAAACUACUAAACCAUUAGUGUGUCUGUCAUCUUAUGGAAAACUAUAUUAUCCGUUCAAUGUUUAAGGAUCUGGUUCUCCUUUCUUGCUUUCCAGGCUCAUUUUAGAGCCACUACUUCAUAUCUAAGUUUGUUUUAUUGUCUUCUAGUAUUGUAUUUAAUGUUUUUCUAAAUGUAACAGACAUGGAAAGGCUCUCAUCAGUUCUUGCAUGCUUGCUUUUGUUACAAAGCCAUGAAAAAGUUGAUUGUGUUACUAAUAAUUUAGACACUGAAUAGAAUGAAAACUGCUAUUUGCUACUGAUUUUUCUUCAACUUUCCCAUUCUAAAUAUUAAGUUUACCACUCAAAACUGUAGUACCGAAGAUUUCCUAUUUUUAUAAUGCAAAUACUGUAAAGCUGUUCAUUAGUAUAUUACUGCAUGAAAGUUAUUGGAUCAAGAUUUGCUCUUUUUUCUCAUCUUUACUAAUACAUUAGUUUAGACCCUUCAGCUCACCUUUGCUUUAGCACCUGCUACCAAUUUGAGGCUACUGCAUGAAGUUAUCAAGAUUCUGGACCCCUUUUGUUAGCAUUUCCCUUUUUUAGAUUUAGUUAGGCAAGUGAACAAGAGCGAUGCCGUUUUAUUGUUUUAAUCUCAAUCAGGUAUAUCAAAUAAUUUUGCUUGAGUUUCGUUUUCCAUUAAGUGACAAGCACUUUUUUUUUUACGUAUCUUCUUCACACACGGUAAAAUUUAAUAGCAGCAUUUCCCACUCAAAAAUGUUGAACUAACUCAUAUAACAUUACUACUUAAACUGUAUUAGAUCCAUCCUCUAUAUUGUGUGUAUAAAUGUUUGGGAUGUGGUUAGGUUUAUUUGUUAUGGUAUGCCUUACAGGCUUUCUUAAACUGUCCCAUUCACACAUACUUUUAUAUUAAUGGACUGGGCUUGUGAAUUUGUCCCCUUUUUGUGUUGUUGCGAUUUUCUAUGGUCAGUCAGAAAAUUUCAGUGUCUGUUAAACUUGUAGCCCUGUUCUUCCCUCUCUAUUCUAAUUAUUACCAAAAGUAAGUACACAUUUACAAAAAAAUAUGUCUAGUUUGUUUGAAUUUUUGUGGAUGUUGUUUUUACUCAUGAACGCCAAAGUUAUUUGUGAAGUAUCAAUUUUAGUUGUGGGGAUGCUCCAUAUUUUGAGUCAACUCAUCAAUAAUUGAUGAAAACACCAUCUCCAUAUUAUUUAUCUUAAGUCUGCCAUCUUCAGUUAAGCAGCUUUUUUUUUAAAAAUCUAAUACGGGUCUCUGUAAAUUAGCGCAUACAAACCUAAUAUAAAUAAGUUCUAUAAUUUUAAACCAAAACUUAUAUUCUUGCCUAAAAGCAUAUGAAAAAAAUUUCUUUAUUUUCUAGACCAGUAAAAAUAAACAUGUUCCAUAAACCAGUAUUUUGUGUAGUAGUUUAAAAAUUUAAUGUAAAAUAUUUAAAUUGUUACAUAAAGUAACCAGAAGCAGUACAUUUAUUUUUAAAAAAGUAGUGAAAAUUACAUAUUAUGUCAGAUAUAUGUGUUUAAAACUACUGCUCUAGAUUGAGAGUGCCAUUCUAUACAGAUUUUAAAAAAAAAUUUGAGUCCAUUGAAGAAAAUUUUAUUUUGAACUCAAUGACAUUUUGAAAUUAAACAAAAUUAUUUGUUGUUUUUCAAAUCUGACAAUACUCUCCUUUUUUGUGGAGGCAUACCUAUAACAUUAAAAAUAGAAGAUAAUUGCUCUGAUUGUUCCACCCCAAUUUCUGUCAUCAGAUCACUUGCAAAAUAUCUCAUUUAUGACAUUUUUAUGUUUCUGAAUACUGUUAACUAGAAAUGGAAAUGGAAAUAUUCUUAGGCAUUCUUUUACUGUUAGAUACAAAUUCAUAAAGAUCUGUAGCUACCAAAGGUAGAGAUCAAAAAUAGAAUUAUCAGUCUUUUACUAUUGUUACACAAUACAUUUAUAUAUUAAGCUUAAGAAGUGCUAGACAAAACACUACCUAUUACUAUUUCACUAUUGGGGUACAUAGUACAAGAACUCUUUUUGUUAAGUUGUACACUUUAAAAAUUGUCAUACCCAAACUUCUUCUCUCCCUGAAGCGUGUAUGAAUUUAUUCCUUCAAAAAGUAUUUCUCUCACUCACAAAGUACAGCAGCCAGUUAUUUUCAUCAAUUAAUUGUUUUUAAAACUCUUUAUUUAUUUUAGUUGAUAGCAUUAACACAUCAUUAUCAAAUAUGAAAAGAGGAGAGCUGUAUUUAAAGCAUUCUUGAAUUGCUUCUGCUUCUUUCCUAAUUUCUCAUGUAUAAUGUUGAUAUGAAGGUUAAGUAAAUCUUUUCACAUUGUUUUCUAAAUGAAAUAAGCUUUUACUUUUCAACAUUAAUACUUUUACUUCUUAUUUGUGAAUUUUAAAAUAUUUUUAAAGUAUUUAAAAUUCUUUAAAUACAUUCACUUACUUUAGUUUUAAUAUCACAGUCUAUGAAUCCCAACAGAGCAGUAAAGUUCUUAGAAAAUUCAAGGAUACUGAAAAUGGUUUAAAAUUAAGUUAAUAAAAUUCUACUUAAAAAAAAAAAAAAACGUUUAAAAACCAGAAAUGUCUUGCAUUAUUCAGAUAAAGCUAAUAAAAUAAUUAUACGCAAACAGUAGAAACUUUGCAUAUUUGUAAAAGGUUUGUUUGGUGUAUGACUUGUUCAUAAGCUGUAAUCCUGUUCAUUCAUGAAACAUUACAUUAAAAAUACUAAUAAAAUUAUUGAGUCAAUCACUGGACAAGCUUUCCAUGCUAACAUGGAAUUUGACACUACCUUGCCCUUUUAAAAAUAAAGUUUCAUCUUUGCAAAAUUAGCGCAUGUUUUCUGCUUAGGAUCUAAGUUUGUUUAUUUCCUAUCUUUGAGCAUGCAUUUUACGGUUAUAUAAAUUGAAAACUGAGCAUGUAAAUGUCCUUCCAGGGUUGUGGCACAGUUGAUGUAAAGUUUCAUUACAACAAUUGGAUCAAUUCUCUUCAGUUCAGCUUAAAUCUAUUACAAUGUAGUACUUUUUAGACAAUACAACCAAUUUAUGCUGAAUUUCAUCCUAAUAAUUAACUGCAUACUCUUUGCAUUUUUGAAAGUUAGACACCAAGCAUAUAUAUUAUAUGUGCUACAUAUUUCUAUUUUUACACACACUCAACUGCCCAACAUUUCAUCAUGCGCUGAUUAUUAAAACAAAUUACAAGUUCUUCAUCAUGUUACUUUGCUUAUGAUAUGUUACAAAUAGUAAAUUAAAAAUUUUAGAGGUAUCUGCCAGCUACCACAAAAACAGUUCUUUUUCAUCGAAAUUAUGUAAGCAAGGUUCUAACUCAGCAUUUUUGCUAACUCAUGCAAUGCUCGAGUCCCCUCAACAGCCAUGCAAAAUCUCCUGAUUUGACCCCUCUUCCCUAGCUUGCGAAUAUAACAAGUUUUUAUAUAAAUCAAUAAUAGUGAGUAUAGGCUCUUUAUAGCUAUUAAUUUUUAAAAUAGAUUCUGUCUUGGGCUGAAUGGCUAACUUUAAAUCAGCCUCAUUUUUAUCUUGUAGCUGUCUACAAAACAAAAGUUAUUUCUUUUAAACAUUGCAAAGCACAAUCUUUCAAAAACUAGAAUAUAUUGUUUUUUUAUUUGAUUAGGCAAUUAGUGGGGGUCUUUGCUAUGGAAAAACUUGAACAUUAACCUAAAAUUAAAGUGGUGGUUAUAAAAAUAAUGGCACCAUUUUUUUAGUACUUGUAUGGAAUACAAUCCCUCUAUAAUCUAAAUUAUGAUACUAUCUAUCUAUUUCUGCAAGGUUUUGGUAGUUUACAUUAUCUUUAAUUUAGAUACAGUAAAAACAAUGAAUAAAAUUAAUCAUAGCCUUGGUAAAUUAUUUGUAUAAAGUCUUUUCAAAGCCGUGUAUUUAGGAUUUUACUACAAAUAUGAUGAAGAAUGUGUCGGUUGCAUAAAGCAUAAUUUAUAUUAAAUUACUAUUUUCUACGCUCUAAACAUACCCUUCUCAGGAAUUUAUUUUGGGAAAGACUUUUUGAUACACUGAUUUAUUUAUAUAUUUCAAACAUCAAAUAGCAUUGCUUUAAUAAAAUAUUUUAAGGAUUCCCCAACCAUCUUAUGGCAACACCAACAAUCAUUAACAACGCACUCGACCUGAUUUCUUCAAUGACAAGUUUUGGGUUACUGCAUGUGUGUAUUUGUGUACAGAAUCCACAAUCCACCUUAAUUCUUCUGAAACAGAUAACCAACUACUUUUAGUGUUCAGAUUUGAUUACACAAAUUUAUUUGGUUCCUGCGUUGCAUUAUUUAAUUCAGAAUUAUGUUAUGUUCUCUUUAUGUAGCCUUAUAUUUUACUUAAUUUAUGAUUCAACACUCCACCCCCCCCCCCCCCCCCUUUUCUGAACAUCAUUUUUGUGUAUGCUAUCACUAUUUCAAAACCUGCUCUCCUUAUAUUUUUUCCUGCCACAAUCUUCUUUCCUCCAGUAAACAAGUAGCUAACUGUUUUGAGAGAAAUGAAAAACCUUAUUGUUUUGUGAUUUGAAACAAAAACAUAAAUCCUAGCAUUUAUUGUUUGCUUGCAGUUUCCCCUUUGCUUCCUAUUAUAAUUUAUUCCACUGAGCUGGUUCUUGGUGGGAUUCAUUAUUCUUUUGUAACAUAUCUUCCCUCAUAACAUAAUAAUCCCAGUCAAAGACAUGUAAAUCUCACAUUUUUUGGUGUCCUCCAUUUGUUUCAAAUUUGCUUCUUUCUUAUCAUCUGUUUGUUCUAUUCUUUUCUUUAUACAAAGGGGCCACCAGUUGUAGGUACCUCCAUCGUUUUAUUAUCAUUUGGUUUAUUUGCUUGUGAUGGUUGGAUUGUUAAUGAUUUUAUUAUUGUCACUUGUCAAGCUUAUUUUUCUGAUUGUUUGGUCUUCUAUAGAUGAUAAUGAUAGUCGGACUCCCAGGAGCAGGCAAAACCACAUGGGCGAUCAAUAUGCAGAAAAACCACCCAGAAAAACGUUACAACAUCAUUGGUACAGACACACUGAUUGACAAGAUGAGAGUUAUGGGACUUCCCAGGAAGAGAAACUAUGCCGGCCGAUGGGAAGUACUUAUUGAUAAAGCUACCAAAUGUCUCAAUAAACUUUUCACAAUGGGUGAGUGUUGUGACAUGAAGUUAUAUUGAAUUUGUUUCUAUUAUAUAGUAGGUUAAAAUUGAUUAUGGUAGUGUGAAGAAAGUUGAACUAUUAUUUAUUAAACUUCUAAUAGUGAAAAUAGUGUGCUAGCACCAAUUUUUUUAAAAAUUUAUAAAUUUGUUUGGCUUACAGAAGACAUUGAAACUAAUGAUAACGCUUUGAUUCAGAUUUUAUAGUUAAAAAUUCUCGUAUUUCCCCAGAAUAUUGAGCUGCUCUGAUUGACUUUUUAAAAUUAACAAUUUUUCCUUGCAUUAGUAGUUGAAAUUUCAAUGAAAAUUUUUGACACUUUAUCAAACUUUUCGUGCAAUGUACGAUUUUGAGAUGUCUUUUACUAUUGUACGUCAAGACCUGUCAGGACUACAAUUUUAAGAAACAGGGUUGAAAAUAUAUACAUUCUGGUAGUUUUUAUAAUAAAAAAAUAUAUAAAUUGAGAAGAACAUUUUCGGUAUUUAGUUUUAAUUUGUAUUCUACAGCCAGCAGUGAAUGAAUCGAGAAAUAGGAUUGGUUGGGGUCCAUCUAUAAUUAUUUUACGUUUGCUCUGAUAGGGGAAUCAAGUGGUGAUGAUUUAGAAGAUUAUGUGCACGGGGAGGGGGGGGAUGUCCUAAAUAUUAAGUAUAAAAUUAACAUCGCCACAUUUUCAUAACAAAAGUGGUGAUGGUCAAAUUGUUGCUUUGUGUUUUCUUAAUGAAUAAACUCGCUAGACAUUGCAACAGUAAUAUUAGUGAAGUCACCCUAGUGACGAUUUUAAUCAAUCUGGGGCCAUCCUUAUAGAACCUUCGCACUGAGUGUGGGGAAGAUAGGGGUUGUUGAUUUUUAAGAUUUUGCCUCGGCAUAAAAUACAUACAUAAUUAAAAUAUUCUACAAUAUUCAUCCUGAAAAUCCAAAACUAGCACAUUUAUUUAUAUCUCAAAUGCUCUAAAGAAAUCACACGUUUUGUAGGAAUUAUUGUCAUAAUAUUGCCAUGUUUCACAAAUGAACAUCCUAGAUAUACUCAAAUGGUAUUAAUAAGCAGAGACAAUACAGUAAUAUUUAGCCCUCCAUAUUUUCAUAGGCUUAUGUGAGGUAUAUUUUGUUGGGCUUUGCAAGUGGUUCUAAAAUGUUAGUUUCUGGUACCUAUACCAAAUUCAGGUUUGACCAGGCCCCCUGUGUUUAAUUCUCAUAAGUACCGUACACUUCAAAAUGGCUAAUACAUAAAUGAAAUAAAAGGGUUGCAUAAAAAUAAAUAUAACACGUAUGUAGGUCACUAUCCAUAUGUAGGUCACUAGGCGCCAUCCAUUAACAGCAAACAUUAGUUCCUCAAGUUUUGAACUGUUGAUAUGUUCCAUAUUUCACAGAAAGAAGCAAAAAAAUAAUCUGUAUAAAUAAUCUGUGGUCCCUUCAUUUUAAAAUGUAAAUUAACAAUUCUGCAUGUAUUUAUGAAAAUAUUUUUUAAUCAGUCUGUAAAACAGGUCACCCUACAUUCUUAUCAUGUUAGUUAACAGUAAAAUCAGAUAUUGAAUAUCAUUAUCUGUGAAUUCUUUCAGCUGCCAAGCGUAGGCGAAAUUACAUCUUGGAUCAAACAAAUGUGUAUGGCUCAGCUAGACGUCGCAAGAUGAAAAACUUCACUGGCUUCUAUAGAAUAGGUGCAGUUAUUCAGCCAGCUGAUCUUGAACUGGAGCGAAGGUCUAAGAAAAGAACACAGGAGGAUGGUAUGGAUUAGUACAAGGAGCAAAAAUUACUUUUUGUCUUGUUGGGUUAUAAAUUAAGCUGUUGGCUUGAUCUGAACUUUAUGAACAAUUAUUUAUAAAAAUAUAGCUAUCAUUGUAGGUGGUCUCUAGAUGUAUUUAGAGAUUUGACAAAGGAGAAAUCAUUAAAGGCUUUCCUAUUAAUAUAUAUAAAAAUUAGAUAUAUGUUUAUAGAUUUAAAUUGGGACCAACUUACUCCAUAUUCUGCCUGCAGUUUCUCUAACCAAUUUAAUUUAUUGUAAUUUAAGAAAAGUGUUGCUGUCUCUUUCCCCCCCCUUUUUUUUUUUUCUUUCUCCCCACCUUAUGGUAUUUUCUCAUAAAAAUGCUUUUUAAAAAAUAUACGAUUGCAUUUUAAAGUAAUUUUUUAUGCUUCUAUGGUUUCCCAUGUUAAAUGUUUCAUUUUUUCCCCAGGGAAAGUUGUGCCAGAAUCAGCAGUCCUUGAGAUGAAAGCAAACUUCUCUCUUCCAGAAGACAGAGACAACUUGUUUGAUAGAAUUGAUUUUAUUGAGCUCCCUAAGGAUGUGGUCCAGCAGCUUGUCAGACAGUGAGUUAGCUUACAGAUUUAAACCUUGUCGCAUGAAUUAUUUUACUCUGCUUUUGUAAGUGUCCACUUCUCAGACAAGCUCCCAAUUUAUGUGUCCGAAAAACUAAACCCUGAUUGGAAAGAUGUUAAAGACACUGACUCAAAUAUUUUCACUCAAACUAUCAAUUUUCAUCACAAGAAGAAAACAUUGACUCCACCUAUGAAAAGAUCCUUUCCGCUUGUGGUAGCUUUAUGUAUGUCCUAAAAUUCCCAGGAGAACAAAUUGCAAAAAUUUCCCUUGCUUUUAACAACUUUUCAAGUCUAAGUAAUUUGAAAAAAUUGCAAUUGCUAUGAAAUUUAAAAAAAUAUUAACAAUUAUACACCUUUAUUGCUCAAAUUUGUUUAUCUAUGUUGCAUUUAGUUAUUGUAUUUACCUUUAUAAUUUCAUGCUUGUUUUUAAUAUUAUCAACAAAAUCAUCGUGUUGCGACAGUCAGGAAUUUUUUUGUUUUUAGUUGGGAAAAAGUAGGGAAUUUGUUUUUAAAAAAGAGUGAGAACCCAGGGAGUGAAAAGUUCCGCCCAGGGCAGACCAGUAAAAAGACGACUUCAAUCUGUCAUUUGAAUUCAUUCCACACAAUGGGUAACAUACAAAAUGACAAUUAUUGAUAUGAAGCAAGCAUCACUUUAUUUCAUUGAAUUAUGUCAGGACAGAUCCUGAAACUACCUGCACUAACUGCAUUUUAUUUCCCUUUGGCUGGGAUUUCAUAUGCAAAAUUUCUGAGUGACCAGGUUUGAAUGUAGUAAUGAGACAAGUUUUUUUCUCUAUAAAACAAUUGAACAAAAUUCAAAAUAGAAUUUAAAAGUAGGGUUGAAAUAAAAAGAGCUAAAGAAAGAGUGAACAAAGAGAGAGGGGGGUGAAGAAUAUACACAAAAGAAACAAAGAUGUGGAGCAAAAGAGAUAAUAUGUAUGAAAAGGGACAUAUUAAAUCACGAGUUUAUAAAAAUAGAACCUCAUGGGUUAAGUAAGAACCUCAUAACUUUAAAUGAAAGCUUUCUUUAACAAGUAGUUUCAUUUAAAUAAAGUUGGUUUCAGUUUUUUUUUCUUUAUUCCAGCAGAAGAAAAUUACAGAUUUGUAAUACAAGACACUACUAAAAGUGUUACUUAGAAUUGAACUUGAUCAUGGGCCCUUAAUAUAUAGAAGAAGAAAUAACAAUGAAAAUUCAGAAUUAAAAAAGAAAAUAAUAUAUUACUACCAUCACCUAGCUUGGUGGGGCUUAGGUUUCAAUAAUCACAUUUGUACUGAGUGAACAUUAACAUUUUUUUAAAGUAGUAUCAUACACAAUUUUUUGUGAUUUUCCUUAAUUUUUUUUUUUAGCUACAUAUUUUUACCUAAAUGUGCUGACUGGAGAUAAGCUUGUGUAUUCAAAUUAAGGUCUAAAAUACAAAUAAUUUAACAAUGCUCUUUUUUCAGGUACAACCAAGAUGGAAAAUCAAAACCCAGGCAAGAUAGUCAACAAGGAAGAUUUGAUGGGAACAAAAAGUCAGGGGUGAGGCUUGUCUGAAAUACUUUAUUCUAGUGAUUGCUCACACAACACAAUUAUCAGCUAAGAUUAGUUGUUGGGGCCGUUUGAAUAGUUAAAAAGAUUUAGUAAUUGUUGGCCCUUCAUUAGGUUACACUUUGUUUUCAUAAAACGAAUAAGCAAAAUAAUUUUAUUUUUUAACUAUAUCUUUUAACUAUAUAAUUAUGCAAAAUUGAGAGGAAAUUGUUGACCAUGUGCUAUAAAUAGAUUGAGAAACAGUUUCUUAAUACAUUUUUAUUCUUCAGGAUCAAAGACAACCAUUUGGAAGUUAUGGAUCUCAAUCAUAUGGACGAUCGGGCUCUUAUGAGAAGUCCGGAGAUAACCUGAAGAGAGAACACUGGUAUGGAGAUCAAGAUGACCCGCCAUCAAAACGAAAUAAAGUUGACCCAGGUAGUGCUCUUGACCUCCUUAAACAACAGUAUGAAGAAGAUGAUAGGCAGCCCACCUCUACCCAGCAAGCGGUUCUCAGUGCUAGGCAGGGCUGGGAUCCCAGCAAAGUCAAGGAGGAGACAUCACCAAGUGUGCAACCUGCCCAGUGGCCAGGCACAGGUCUACCUCCUGGCUAUCCUGCUGGAUUAUUGGCUUCUCAUGCUGCAGCUUUUCAGCCAGGUUUGUUGGGGGCGCCACCUUUACCACCAGGUGUCCAGUUGGCAUUUCUUCCCCCCGGCAUGGCACCGGCCCAGGCCUCUGAAUUAGCCAGUCUCGGUCUUGCAGCCAAGCAAGAACACCCAGGACAUGCAGUAGCUCAUGCUCACGCUCAGUUUGCUCAAGCCCAGGCGCAUGCAGCAGCAGUACAAGGUCAUGUUUUAGUGGAUGCCUCCAAGCUCCAGGCAGGAAGUCCUUAUCACUUGGUAACACAGGCAACCGGUCAGAGUUUAUAUGGAGCAGCUCCGCCGGGUUAUGAGUCAUUGGGUCAAGAGGCCAGUCGACAUGCCUGGCAACAAGCUGCUGAACAGGUGCAGGCUGCUCAUCUUCAAGCAGCUGCUGCUGCUGCUGCUGCACAGCACCAACACGCCCAACAACAAGCAGCAGCUGCAUCUUGGCAAGAGGAAAUUCUUCAGAAAGCCCAGUCUAAACAAUGGCAACAACAGCAGCAACCAGAGAAAUCUUCAAAUUCAUGGCCAUCCGAUUGGCCUGUUCAACGGGAAGAGAGAGAUGGUGACAAAAGGGGUAGUGGAAGUAGGGAUUUGUCCUUCAAUAGGCCAGACUCACGAGAUCGUGACAGGGAAAGAGAUAGAGACAGAGACCGUAAUAGAGAUAGAGAAUCAUCAGGGUAUGGAUACAGUAGGAAUAAGAGUGACAGAGGUGGUUAUGGAGGAAGUGAUCGCCGGGAUGGAGCAAGUCAUAAUAGAGAUUCUGGCUCUCAUCAUGAAGGAUCGUCAUGGAACAGCCAAAAUUUUGGUUCCAGUGCAUCAGACAGACAAGAUUAUGGAUCAGACUCAGGCCAGAAAUCAGACAGACAACGAAGACGCAAAUCUAAAUGGGAUCAGCCAGGGGAAGAUGAUGGCCUUCCUUCAGAUCAGAUGAAGCAAGAGCCAGGAUCUGAUAGAUCUGCUCAAAGUUUAUACAGUCAGCCACCUCCAGGAUUUCCUAGCCCAUCACCUUUUUCAACAGCUUCAGGCCAAUCCAGUCGCUCCGCUACGUCAGAGUCACAAGGCGGCAAGUCAUCUUCUUUUGAUGUGAACUUUUCACGUCCACCACCCCCUUUGUUAGGCAACUUGAAACCAGACUUUGGUCUAUCCAGUAACACUGGAGGUUCUGACAAAAUAUCGGGCCAGAACAGCGGGGAUGGUUUACUUGGCCAAGGGCCAGGUCCUAGACCACUUAUACCAGGGCUUCAAGGACAAAGCUCUGGACAGUUUAGACAAAGGGGAUCGUUUUCUGGACAGCCAUCAUUCAGAAACCACUCUCCAGGAGGAAAUGAAUCAUCCCGUUCAAAAAGCAGUGAUAAUUCUAGCAAGAGCCCCAGGAAAACGGAACAGAGUCUCACAAAAAAUGAUGAAGAGCCCAACAAGCGACCAUCACCUAAACCUUUAAUUAAGCCAGAGGACAAGACUCCAGAAGCCACUGUUGAAAAGGGCACUGGAAGUGGCUCAAACAACCAGUCUCGUGGUGGACCAGGAAAGCCUGGACUGUUUCCUACACCUGGUACACCCGAGUCAGAAGGCCCUUUGAAAGGACCAGCAUUUAGACCAAGAGGUCCACCAGGAUUGAUGGGUAGAUUUCCUGGACCUCCUAAUGGUCCACCACCUUUGGGUGGCCCAGGAAUGCUUGGUCCUGGCCCACCACCUCCAGGUAUGGGACCAAGACCUCCAAGAGGUGGGCCAAUGGGUCCUAGAGGACCACCACAUGGAGGUCCUAUGGGUGGGCCACCAAGAGGGCCAAUGGGUGGGCCACCAAGGGGGCCGAUGGGUGGACCAGGGGGCCCACCAAGAGGACCUAGAGGUCCAGGACCGUGGAAUCAAAACCGUCCAAGAUUUGGUCCACGUGGGCCUCAAGGACCUCCUCGACCCUUGUUUGAUGGCCCACCUGGUAGGUGGCCCAGACCUCCACGUUAAUUAAUAUAUAACCAUAGAUACUCUAAUAUUCGAUUCACUUAAACAAAAUAUUUAGUGUCAAUGGCUUCAAACUGCUUGCUUGGUGUUGUCAUGUUGAAUUAAUGAUUUUGAUUAAACUGUAGUGUAACUUGAGGUUUGGACUUAUCAGGUACCUGUAUUUUAUAAAUUGUCAACAGUCAAUAUUGAUUAUCAACACUAAAGUUAUAUUUGACUUAAUUUUUUCAACAAUUUUAAAAUUAUUUUCUUAAAAUUGUAUAGGUAUUGAAUACUCUGCAGGACUGAUUCAAGAAGCAAAAGAUCAAAUUACUAUACUUGUUAAAAAAUAUCUAUGUAGCAUGUGGGGUUUACAAAUGAAUAACAAGUUGAAUUUUAGUCAAAUUUUUCUUUUGGUGGACGUUGUAAAAGCCUUUUAAAAAAAUCUUUUUUUUUUUAACAUGUUAUGAUUGUUUUUCUACUCAUGUCCCAAAAUAUUUAAUCACUUAAAUUAUGCCAUGCUAAAUACACAUUCUGUCUUGGUGAUAUUGGCGCCAAAAAUCCAUCCACUUAGCCAGUCUGUAAAUAGUACCUUUGUAUGAUGCCCUUACAAUGUUGUUUUAUGAUAGUAUCAUUUUCAUCUCAAAUCAUUUUAUUUAUUUUGAUAGUCAUUUCAAUUUAUUGUUUUGGUUUUCAACUCCAUUUUUGUGUAAACUGAAGCACAUUUGUGAUUGUUUAAAAAUAUCUCUAUUUGAUAAUUGUCUUGGUUCAAGCACUUUAGUUGAUAGAUACCUUAAGAACAAAUGUUCCUGUGCAUCAAAGUACAAGAGGAAUAUAUAACAACAAACUUAAUUGAAUUUGUCAACUUUUGCGAACCAUAUUUUGUCAUCUGCCGUUUAAUGUUUGAAGCAGUUACUCAUUGUAAUUUUUUUUUUUCCUUGUUAAACUUAUUACGGGUUGUUAUUUAUUACUCGUAUAUGUUGACAUGUGCUUUGCAUGCACACACGUUUCAGUUAUAUAGUGCCAUCAGCUGAGGCAUUGACAUGAUCUUGUAUGUAUGUUAUUAGGUUUCUGUAAUCGUAAAGGGACCAUGUUUAGUCUAUGUUAGCACUAGCCACAGUCAUGAAGAUUUGUUAAUCUGAAAUUGGCUGGUAAAGCCAUUCAUAGGUUUAUUACUCUCCUUUUUAUGGAGGUGACAUAUUAAAACAUUUUUUUUUUUGAAAGGAAUGGUAACCAUAACUUAUGUAAAGAAGUUAUGCAAUAAAACAAUUGUCUACUUGCUUAAUUUUAAAUACACUGCUCUUUCCUCAUAACAAUGAAACUAAUAAUAAUAAACUCUUUUAGUUUUAUUAUUUUAUUAUAUAAAAAAAAAACACAAAGGCUGAGUGGGAUUUGUUUUGGUGAGACCUUUGACCUUUUUUUUCCUAUUUCUUUUAUUCCUAAUGGAGGAAUAAAUGGCUUGUGGAUGAUUGUGUUUUUUUUCUUCAUGAUUUUUUAAAUGCAGUUGUGAAUGAGUUUUAACUGGUAG